UUGAAACACCACCAAUCACCAUGGACCAACUCAUAAAAGCUUUGGGAUAAGAUUUCCACCAUUACAAACAACACACACAAAUUAAUAACCAAAUCAGAGGUCUCCAUGAAAUCCCUUGCCUGUUCCUUUCCCCAGGCUCUCCUCCUUUCAAACCCUCCGCCAUGGAAUCAAAGAACUCUAAUAAUCAACCACUCAACUAUCACGAACAAUCUCACCAAUUUCACACCGACAUUAUCCAGAGGCCAAGUCCAAGUAAACGCCAAAGGCUUCACUAAUUCUCCACGCACGGCCAAAAACAGAGAAACCACCGCCCAAAACAAUAACGAAGACGACGACGAUGAAAUUCCAGAAGCCGUAUACAGUAGGAUUAUAACGAGAAUCUUGGCAUUCGUUGGAAUUCCGAUGGCGUUCGGUGUGACAUUGUUGAAGAUUUUCCAAGCGAUUAAGGAGCAAAACCUUUGGGAUGUGCCUAUUUGGGUGCCAUUUUUUACGACUUUCCUGACAUUCGGAGCUUCGACGAUGGGAAUUGCUUACGGGACGUUAUCGACAAGUUUAGAUCCGGAGAAGAAAGGAUCUGUGUUGGGAUGGGAAGAGGCGCAGAAGAAUUGGGUUGAAAUGUGGAAGGAAGAAGAUGAAGGCAGGCGGUGAAGAAAUUUAAUGGGCUCUCUAUUUGGCUAUGGAGAAUCGGCGAUACUAUAACACGGAUAACCAGAGUCGUCAUAAGAGCUACAAAGAUCGAGUAAUAUCACCCAUCGGAGUUAAGAGCAACAACGCGACAAAGAAUGAUAAGAACUGAGAUGACGAAAGAGGAAUCUCCGACGUCAUUUCAUACUUCAUUGUGUUUUUUGUAAUUAUAGCAAAAAAAAUUGAUGUGUUGUUAUUUAUGAAGUUUGAAUUUAGGAUUAUUGUUUGAGGUUAGAAUAUUUUACCAUACUAAAAUGGUUUUUAAGGUGAGGUUUAAAGACUUUUUCUAUUUAUUGAUUU